CUUUUUUAUCAUAUUAUUAUCUUUAAAUUACACAGAUGUAAGUUGAUAGUGAAAAUUUUAUUGACAGUUCCAAUAAUCCUAAUUUAAUAGGGAAUAGAUAUGUAAACCUUAAAUUAACAUAAGUCUAUGAGGAGUAGAAGAAGAAAGAUUUAUGAUGAUGGAGAUUUUAAAGAAGUAGUUAAGAAUUUUUAUGCCUUAAUAUCUGACAUAAAUAAAUGUAGCUAAUUUAUAUAAUAAUAUAACUAAGUUGCUCAUAAGAAAAUUCAAAAAACCGUCCCUACAAAAAAUAAAUAAUAAUAAUCAAAUGUUUAAACUAAAAAGCCUCAAUAAAAAAAAACUUAAUCAUAAGAUGUAAAGAAAAAUGAUCUCUACAAUUUUAAAAAAGAGCCAAUAUACUCUUAAGUUACUUUUUAAGCUUAACCUUAUUUUAAUCCUUAAUAAUAUUAAUAAUUACCCCAUAGCUAUUUGAAUCCAUAUUUAAAUAUGCCAACACAAUUAGUAAAUAUCACAGUUCUUACUAGCAAAUUAUUUCUAGAAAUUCAUACAAUACUGCACAAUUAAAACGAAAUUCAUAUCAUAUAGCAAUUUCUUAUUUCAUAUAUAUCCAAUCUAAUGGUUAAGAACAAUAUGAAAGUAGAGAUCCUACAAUGAAUGCCAAAAGAAAAAUGAAAGAAAAUAACUCAGAUGGUAUAAAGGUAUUAAUCAUAAAGAUAUUUUGUUAUUUUUAGUAAUUAGAUAAUUUUGUUACGAAUGAUAAACAAUCGCUAUUAUAAUAAUAAUUGCAUCAAUAAAAUGAUUAAGAAGAAGUUAAGGAAGAUAAUUUAGAAUAGAACAAAUUGAUUUGA